CCGGCCGCCGCGCGCGCGCCGCGGCCCGAGCAGCAUGUCGAGCGCGGUGGAGCCGCCGCCGCCGCCCGCGCCCGCCGAGAGCGCGCCGCCCGGCAGCAACAAAGGCGGCCCCGAGGGCGGCGCGGCCGCGGCGGACCCGGAGCUGGAGGAUGCAUUUGAUGAUGCAUCUCCCGGAAAACAAAAAGAGAUCCAAGAACCUGAUCCUACCUAUGAAGAAAAAAUGCAAACUGACCGAGCAAAUAGAUUUGAAUAUUUAUUAAAGCAGACAGAACUGUUUGCACAUUUUAUCCAGCCUGCUGCUCAGAAGACUCCAACCUCCCCUUUGAAGAUGAAGCCAGGGCGUCCACGGGUCAAAAAGGACGAGAAGCAGAACUUGUUAUCAGUGGGCGACUACCGACACCGUCGAACAGAGCAGGAGGAGGACGAAGAGCUGCUGACAGAGAGCUCCAAAGCAACCAACGUCUGCACUCGGUUCGAAGAUUCCCCGUCAUAUGUAAAGUGGGGCAAAUUGAGAGAUUACCAGGUCCGAGGACUGAACUGGCUCAUUUCUUUGUAUGAGAACGGCAUCAAUGGCAUCCUUGCAGAUGAAAUGGGCCUGGGAAAGACUCUCCAAACAAUCUCUCUCCUUGGGUACAUGAAACACUAUAGAAACAUUCCCGGGCCUCACAUGGUCUUGGUUCCCAAGUCCACCUUACACAACUGGAUGAGUGAGUUCAAGAGAUGGGUGCCCACUCUGAGAUCGGUCUGCUUGAUCGGCGAUAAGGAGCAGCGGGCAGCUUUUGUCAGAGAUGUUUUAUUACCAGGAGAAUGGGAUGUGUGUGUGACGUCAUAUGAAAUGCUUAUUAAAGAGAAGUCUGUGUUCAAAAAAUUUAAUUGGAGGUACUUGGUUAUAGAUGAAGCUCACAGGAUCAAAAAUGAAAAAUCUAAGUUGUCAGAAAUAGUGAGGGAAUUCAAGACUACAAACCGAUUGUUACUAACUGGAACUCCUCUACAGAACAACUUGCAUGAGCUCUGGUCCCUUCUUAAUUUUUUGUUGCCAGAUGUCUUUAAUUCAGCUGAUGACUUUGAUUCCUGGUUUGAUACAAAUAAUUGCCUUGGGGAUCAAAAGCUGGUUGAGAGACUUCAUAUGGUUUUGCGUCCAUUCCUCCUCCGUCGAAUCAAGGCUGAUGUGGAGAAGAGUCUGCCUCCCAAGAAGGAGGUGAAGAUCUACGUGGGCCUCAGUAAGAUGCAGAGGGAAUGGUACACGCGGAUACUGAUGAAGGAUAUAGAUAUACUGAACUCCGCAGGGAAGAUGGACAAGAUGAGGCUGCUCAACAUCCUCAUGCAGCUGCGCAAGUGCUGUAACCAUCCGUACCUCUUCGAUGGCGCCGAGCCGGGGCCGCCGUACACGACGGACAUGCACCUGGUCACCAACAGCGGCAAGAUGGUGGUGUUGGACAAGCUGCUCCCGAAGCUGAAAGAGCAAGGCUCCCGAGUGCUGAUCUUCAGUCAGAUGACACGGGUGUUGGACAUCCUGGAGGACUACUGCAUGUGGAGGAAUUACGAGUACUGCAGGUUGGACGGGCAGACCCCGCACGACGAGCGGCAGGUGCGUCAGAGCACGGCGGGGAGGUGCGGGCGGCAGACAGGAUGGCGUCCUGACGGCCGUUUCCCUUUCCUCCAGGACUCGAUCAACGCCUACAACGAGCCGAACAGCUCCAAGUUUGUUUUCAUGCUGAGCACGCGUGCCGGCGGUCUCGGCAUCAACCUGGCUACUGCAGACGUGGUCAUCCUGUACGAUUCGGACUGGAAUCCCCAAGUUGACCUCCAGGCGAUGGACCGGGCGCACAGGAUCGGGCAGACCAAGACCGUGCGAGUGUUCCGCUUCAUCACCGACAACACCGUAGAGGAGAGGAUCGUGGAGCGCGCCGAGAUGAAGCUCCGGCUGGAUUCCAUAGUCAUCCAGCAGGGGAGACUUGUGGAUCAGAAUCUGAACAAAAUCGGAAAAGAUGAGAUGCUUCAAAUGAUUAGACAUGGGGCAACACAUGUGUUUGCUUCAAAGGAAAGUGAGAUUACUGAUGAAGAUAUUGAUGGUAUUUUGGAAAGAGGUGCAAAGAAGACAGCAGAGAUGAAUGAGAAGCUCUCCAAGAUGGGUGAAAGCUCGCUGAGAAACUUCACCAUGGAUACGGAGUCCAGUGUUUAUAACUUUGAAGGUGAAGAUUACAGAGAAAAACAAAAGAUCGCAUUCACAGAGUGGAUCGAACCGCCUAAACGAGAGAGGAAAGCCAAUUACGCUGUGGACGCGUAUUUCCGGGAAGCCCUCCGAGUCAGCGAGCCCAAAGCGCCCAAGGCCCCUCGACCUCCCAAACAACCCAACGUCCAGGAUUUCCAGUUCUUUCCUCCACGUUUAUUUGAAUUACUGGAAAAAGAAAUUCUGUAUUACAGAAAAACUAUUGGGUAUAAGGUUCCUCGUAACCCUGACCUCCCAAAUGCAGCACAGGCACAGAAGGAAGAGCAGCUGAAAAUUGAUGAGGCGGAGCCCCUGAAUGAUGAGGAGUUGGAGGAGAAGGAGAAGCUUCUGACGCAGGGAUUUACCAAUUGGAAUAAGAGAGAUUUUAACCAGUUUAUCAAAGCAAAUGAGAAGUGGGGUCGUGAUGAUAUUGAAAAUAUAGCAAGAGAAGUAGAGGGGAAAACUCCAGAAGAAGUAAUAGAGUAUUCAGCCGUGUUCUGGGAGCGAUGCAAUGAACUUCAGGACAUAGAGAAGAUUAUGGCUCAGAUUGAAAGGGGAGAGGCAAGAAUUCAAAGGAGAAUCAGUAUCAAAAAAGCACUUGACACUAAGAUUGGACGGUACAAAGCCCCCUUUCACCAGUUGAGAAUAUCCUACGGCACUAACAAGGGGAAGAACUACACGGAGGAAGAGGACCGCUUCCUGAUCUGCAUGCUGCACAAGCUCGGCUUCGACAAGGAGAACGUGUACGACGAGCUGCGGCAGUGUAUCCGGAACUCUCCCCAGUUCCGGUUCGACUGGUUCCUCAAGUCCAGGACAGCCAUGGAGCUUCAGCGGAGGUGUAACACUUUAAUUACCUUGAUUGAAAGAGAAAACAUGGAACUAGAAGAAAAAGAGAAGGCCGAGAAAAAGAAGAGAGGACCAAAGCCUUCCACACAGAAACGUAAGAUGGAUGGAGCACCAGAUGGUCGAGGAAGGAAAAAGAAGAUGAAACUGUGAACGCACGUCAGUGUCGUCAUCACUAACUUUAAACCAGUAGUUCUUUAAUUUACGGGUCUUCAUAAGAUGUACUGUACAAUGCUCUGUGGUUGUCGUUCAGAGACAUCAGGUUCAUCUGUUACUGAGCUAGAGACAUAGUAUGUAGUUUCACUUUUUUUAAUGCAACAGCUAUGCUGAAAAUUUUUUUUAUCAUUAACAUUUGAAGUAAUAAAAUAGGCUUCAUUUAUUAAUAAAUGUUUCAUUUGAUUUAUUUUUCUAUUAUAGUUUCAUUUGUGAAGAUAGUGACUGUUUAUCAGCUAUAAUUUCCACACUCACAGCUUUAGAAAAAAAGCAAACGACUAAAAAAAUUUUGCAAAUAACAUUUAUCCUUCUCGUCUUAGUUGUGUGACUGUUUUAACUCACUUUGCCUUUGCAGAAAUUUGGGUAUAUUCUUUGUAGUGCUGUUGAGUCUCAUCUGGGAAGAUUAUGUAAAUUGCGUUCUCCUUAUUACAUGGCUUGAGUGGAGGGGAGAGGCAAGACAAUUUAUCGUUAAAUUCAUCCAUAUUUCUGUUAACGCUGUUUCUUAAAGUCCUGAGCUGACCAUGCCCUGUUCUGUUGGAAGAAUGGCCUUUUAGUUGUAUAGCCAAAGACAUUUAGUAUUUUCUGGUUUCGUACAGCGUUGUACCAUUUUGUAAAAGGAAUAUUAUUAUUUUUUAGUGUUUGGUAAAUAUUUUGGCAAAUUAGCUUUCUGAAGCAGCCACAACUUAGAUAAUGUUUAAAACUAAGGUGAUUCUUGUUUUGUUUUGUUUUUUAAAGACCCAGGCAAAAUACGGUGUGAAUUUUUACUGUUUGAAAUUCAUAACGAAGUGUUUCUCCUUUCACUGUAGCUUAUUUUGAGUUAGAGUAAUUGAAGAUUUUAUUUUAUUUUAAGGUAAUUUCUAAGUGUGAGCAACAAGACUGUAAUUCCAAAUUUUGUUUCCUUUGGACGGACAGACUUGAUCAGACUAGAGACCCUGAUGCAGGAAUACCCAAAUUGUAGUGCCAGAAUUUUAGCUGUACCAGAGGCCUUUAUGUGCGACACAUAAUUUGUAUAAAGUUUUAUAUGUGCAAAUUGGGUACAUAAAUAGUUCUCCAUUUUUCUAAGGGAAUGCAAUAAAUGUAGCAUCGUGAAUAAAUAUAACUUUUAUAAUCCUUAA